UAUAAACAUUUUUAUGAAAUUUUAUAUUUUGUACUAAUUUUAAUACUGAAACUUACAACUUAAGAACGUUCAUAUAUAUUUGCACACAUUUUAUAAAGAUAAUGACUUCAAAAACAAAAGAAAGUGGAAGAAAAAGUCUUUCUCCUUGGAUGACAUGUGGUGCAUGUCAGAGUAUUUUAGCACAAAAAGAUUUCGAAGUACAUCUCACCAAUUGUCCACCUAAUCUUGAAACAUGGAAUCAUGAUUUCAUUUACAAUAAUAUAUUAUAUAGCAGUAUAGAAACAUAUAAUUUAUUAGAUCAACCAAAAAAUAUUUCUGUAAGAGCAUUUGAUGACAUGGUAUUUAUAUCUCAAUCUGCUUUGCAAUUAUGUGAAAUUGCAAUUGGAGACUCUGCUGUUGUGAUUGCUGGAGAAAACAAAGUUAUUAAAACUGCAUGGCCAACUAAAGAUAAAGCUCUAACUAGUGUUUCAUUAACAAAACAUGCAAAAGAAUUAAAUAACCUUCAAGGUUUAGUUAGGAUUCAAAAAUUAAAUUACUCUGUUAAUAUUGCUAAAGAAUUUAUAAUCUGCAGUGUUGGGAAGCAAACAUUACCAGAAACAACUAUGGAACUUAACGUAAUACUUAAAAAUCACAACGAGGAAAAAAUUUUUACUGUGGGUAAUAAAUUCAGUGUGCCUUUCUAUGGCAAGAAACUAAUUUAUAAGAUUAUCAAAGUUAUAUCAAAUGAGUGCUCAGACGUUAAUUUCACUGAACAAUUAAGUCAAUUAAAUAUAACUGAUCAAGAACAUAGUACCAAAUUUUAUAAAGCUCUUUACAAUACGAAAUGGACAAUUUUAAAUGAAAAACAGGGGGAGAAACAAGAAGAGUACAAGAAAGUUAAAUAUAAGUUACAAGAUAUUGGAGGAUAUGACAAAGUAAUAGAAGAUAUAAAACAUGUCCUUGACAUUGGUCUUGGUAGAUGCCAAAGCAUUGGAGAUUUUUUUAUUAGUAAAGGAAUAUUAUUAUAUGGCACUGCUGGUGUCGGUAAAUCUGUUAUUGCUAAUGCCUUAAUAUCAGAAUAUGAUAUCAAUUCCAUUACUAUUUACAGUUCAGAUAUUUAUAGUAAAUCUCUAGGUGAAACAGAGAAAAAAUUGCAAGAUAUUUUUAUGGAAGCUAAAGCUAAAGCACCAAGUAUUAUUUUAAUAGAAGAAGUUGAUAGCUUAUGUCCUAAAAGAAGUACUUCAAGUACAGAUCAUGAAAGAAGAGUCCUUUCACAGCUAACAGCACUUUUUGAUGAUAUACAAAAUAGAAAUGUUAAUGUUGUAAUACUUGCUACAACUUCGAAAAUAGAUUUUGUAGACAAUUCUCUUAGAAGGCCGGGCAGAAUAGACAGAGAAUUUGAAAUUUAUGUUCCUACUCCUAGUAUGCGCACAGAAAUAUUUAAAAAAAUGUUAGCAAAAAUACCAAAUACGCUAUCUCCAGAAGAUAUACAAAAUGUUGCGUUUGUUACUCAUGGGUUUGUUGGCGCUGAUCUGUAUGGUUUGUGUUCUCAAGCAAUUUUAAAUGCUGUAAAAUAUCAACACAAACCAAAUACUACUUCCAAUACUUCGUUAAAAGUAACGUUAUCAGAUUUCGAACGCGCUUUAACUGUGACAAAACCAUCAGCUAUGAAAGAAGUUUUAAUAGAAGUACCGAAUGUACGAUGGUCGGAUGUAGGAGGGCAAAAACAUUUAAAAUUAAAAUUAAAACAAGCUAUCGAAUGGCCGUUGUGUCAUCCCGAAGCAUUUCGCAGGAUGGGUAUAACUCCACCUAAAGGAGUUUUAAUGUUUGGACCACCUGGUUGUUCCAAAACAAUGGUUGCAAAAGCCCUUGCCACAGAAAGUAAAGUAAACUUUUUAAAUAUAAAGGGACCAGAAUUAUUCUCUAAAUGGGUGGGUGAAUCUGAGAAAGCUGUAAGAGAAAUAUUUAGGAAAGCAAGACAAGUUUCACCUUCCAUAAUAUUUAUCGAUGAAAUUGAUGCAUUAGGGGGUGAAAGAAGCUCAUCGUCCGGCGGCGGAAGUAACGUGCAAGAGCGAGUUUUAGCACAACUAUUAACAGAACUCGACGGAAUUACUGCAUUAGGCAGUGUUACAUUAGUGGCAGCAACUAAUCGACCCGACAAAAUUGAUAAAGCACUUCUUCGACCAGGACGUGUGGAUAGAAUAAUAUAUGUGCCAUUACCUGACUUUGAAACUAGACAAGAGAUUUUUGAUAUAAAAUUAAAAAAUAUGCCCAUCGCCGAAGAUAUAGAAAUUCGUGAUUUAGUUGAUCUUACAGAAGGAUAUUCUGGAGCAGAAAUUCAAGCGAUUUGUCACGAAGCAGCGAUGGAAGCACUUGAGGAAGAUUUGAACGCUACUAUAAUUACGAAAGAACAUUUUAAAGCAGCAUUAUCCAUAAUUACCCCUCGAACUCCGCCAUCUUUAAUAAAUUUAUAUAAUGAUUAUAUGAAUAAAAUACAUUAA